AUGACUUCUGAUUUAUCUGCUUUAUUUAAUAAUGCAAAAAAAGUAACACUUGUAAGUGUUCCAGUAAGAGACGAAUCUGAAAAUGAAGCUGUCGAAGAAGAAGCAGUAGUCGAAUCAAAAAAAAGAAAAAUCAAAGAAGAACGCGAAUAUGAAGAUCCAUCAGUUGUCAAUGCUCAAACAGUAUUUGUUGGUAAUGUACCUAUUGGAUGUACUCAAAAAGAACUCAGAACAUUGUUUUCACAAUAUGGUACAGUAAAAUCGGUUCGACUUCGGAAUCUUAUUCCACUAAAUCCAAAGCAAGGCAAACGUCUUGCAUUUAUCAAAAAAGAAUUUCAUCCUUUACAAAAAACAAUAACUGCUUAUAUUCGAUUUACUGAUGAAACUGAAGCAGAAGAUGCUACUAGUUUAAAUGGCCAUCUGUAUAAAGAACAUCAUUUGCGUGUUGAUGUUGCACAUGAUCUUGAUACAAAUAGCAAACAUGAUCAUAAACGAAGCAUUUUUAUUGGUAAUCUUCCGUUUGAUGCUAAUGAUGAUGAUGUUUGGAAAGCAUUUGAAGAGUGCGGCGAAAUUGACAGUGUUCGGCUUGUACGUGAUCGCGCAACAAGUGUUGGUAAAGGAUUUGGUUAUGUUCUUUUCCAAGAUGAAGCAUCAGUUGGAUUAGCAUUAAGAAUGAAUGAAAACUGUAAAAUCGGAAAUCGAAUGAUACGCAUCAAAGCCGCUGUUAAAAAACCUAAACAUGUAAAACCGAAAAUGUCUACGAAAAAACCUCGACGACCAAAGGAUAAAUUCAUAUCAAAAAAAUCUGUUCGUUCAGAUACAAACGAUGGUGUGAUGCAAGGUCGAGUAGAAAAACGGCCAUCAGUUAAACUGAGAAAAGAAAACCAAAAGAAGAAUAAGAAAAAUCAUUCAACAAAAACAAAUAAUACAAAUAAAGAUAUUAUUCAAUUUCAGAAGAAAAAAUAG